CAGAGAGCCCCGACAUGAACAUGGCAACCGGUUUAGCUCAGGAGGCUUUAGGGGAGGAAUUAACCUGUGCUAUUUGUCUGGAGAUUUACACGGACCCUGUGAUACUCGACUGUAAACACAGCUUCUGCCAAAGCUGCAUUGAGGAGACCUGGAAUGACACGGCUGCAGCCCCUUACUGCUGUCCUGAAUGUAGAGCAGAGUACACCGAGAGGCCCGGCCUUGAGAGGAACUUUAAACUGGCAAAUAUCGUUCAGAAAUACCUGGCUCUGGAGGUCUCCCAGGAUGCUGUUCUGUGUAACUAUUGCACUGAGAAAAUACGGCCGGCAGUGAAGACCUGCCUGAAGUGUGACGCUUCCAUGUGCCCGGAACACCUCAGGCAUCACACCGAGAGCACUGUGUUUAAAAGCCAUCUCCUUGUAGAUCCCACUACAGAUGUGUCCCAGUGGAAAUGUACAGAGCACCAGGAGCUGCUGAAGAUUUACUGUAAGGAGGAUAAGGUGUGUGUCUGCACUCUCUGCACUGUAUUUGGGAAACACAAGGGCCAUAAUUGUGGGAGCAUCAGCGAAGGAGAGAAGGAGCUCAGGAAUCAUUUACAACAUCAGCUUCAGAAGAUUCGGAACAAUGUCGAAGCAGUUCACCUUGCUCUAAGUGAUCUUCACAAAGAGAAAAAGAAUGCACAGAGCAUGAAAAAAGUUGUACAGAUGAAAAUUAAAGCGAAAUAUGAGACACUGAGGAAGCACAUUGACAAGGAAGAGAGGCGGAUACUGCGAUACCUGGAAAGUGAACAAAGCCGUGUGACUACAGAGAUUGAUGUCAAGAUCUGCAAUCUGGAAAAGAAAGUGAAAGACUUUGAAAAGUCUUUUACUGAUCUCAGUGACCUUCUGAAACACAAUGAAGAUCUUGUAUUUAUCCAGGGUCUCAAUUCCAUGGCAGACCGAAUGAAGGAUGCAUCUGAGCCCUUCAUAGCACAGAUUCCCAACGCAGACAUUAAUGUAUCUGUUGUGGAAAGGCUGUCAGGAUGGGUCCAGCAGCAGUAUAUAACAGCGCCCCAACCAGCCCUGGGCAGGAACUUCCUGGUCAGUAUGUAUGGACAGACACCAACUCUAGAUCCUCACACAGCAUUUCCUCACCUCAUUCUGUCAGACAGUAACCGAUCUGUAUCAGGAUCAAAACGCCAGCAACCUUACUCUGAUAGCCCAAAAAGGUUUAACUAUUGGUGGCAGAUUCUAUGUACCGAGAGAUUGAGCUAUGGUCGCUGCUACUGGGAAGUGGAGAUCGGAGGAGAUCGCCGUCGGUGGGACGUUGGAAUGUGUUAUGAGAGCUUGAGUCGGAAAGGCAAAGGGAAAGAAUGCUCACUGGGACAGAACAAAGAGUCAUGGUGUCUAUACUCAGAGCCAGGGAGCCUUGCAGCCUUGCACGAUAACAAUGCCACUAAACUAACUGCUCAAAUGCCCACAAGAGUGGGAGUCUAUGUGGACUUUGAGGCUGGAAUAAUCUCAUUUUACAGUGUGUCUGACAGGAAACUAACACAGCUACACAACUUCCGGGAGCAAACAUUUACUAAGCCCCUCUAUCCAGCUCUGGGGGUGGCUGAUUUCACAACAUCCCUGGCAUUGUGCAGUUUAAAGUAAUGCAUUAUCACUGUUGAUAUUGAAAAGAAAGUGAUCAGAUCAAAAAUUGCAAAUCUGCCCUUUAACAGUACUUUUCCUACAAUGCAAACACUUACAGUGGUGCUAUGUGAUGAUUUAAUUGGUACUGUGCAAUCAUUCCCCAGCACUAGCUCAAACGCCUGGCUAUGGUUCUGUACGAUUAUAGUCUGGUAAGGCUUAAUAAUUCCUCUGGCAAACUGUCAUGCCUGACAUGAAAGGAAUCAAUUCAAGAGAAACCAGUGCAUGGUACCAGUGGUAGCCAUGUGUCUUUGGCAGCACUCUAGCCUCUGCAUCAAAAAAACGUAGGUUCGGGUCUCAUUCCAGUGACUUGAGCACAACAUUUAGAUUGUCAGAUUGCAAUACUGAGGAAAAUCCUGUCUUUUGCAUAAGCUGUCAAAGUAAAAAGCUGCCUGCCCUCUCACGUGUCAAGAAGAGUUGGACCAUUCUCCCUGGUAUCCUGGCCAAUGUAAUAAUCACAUUGCUAAUUCUAGGAAUUUGCUUCUUUUUGAAGUUUUUUUUUCCCAGUGCUGUCUUUUACACCUUAACUUGAAGGUUUAUAAUAUCCCUUCUGUCCCAAUUAGUGUUUUAAAAAUUCUCCACAGCGGCCACUACCAGCCUCCAAGUCCUGCUGAAAUAGGAUCUUGCAGUUGUGGGUGGGGUCAGUGAGGUAGUCAAGACAGUAGUCAUCCACCGGUAAUUGGGCUGAUAGUGUGGUUUAUAUUCUUCAGCCUUUUCAAACUUCAUCUUCCAUUUACCCAUACACUGGAACAGCAUGGUCCCAAAGCAGACUCACAGACAAGUCUAUCUCUUCCUCACCCAGCCAGCCAGCCAGCACAUUCACUUUCCAAUUGGUCACUGGUAACAUUUAGUUGGAGAAUCCUAGAUUAUUAUUACCUUGCUUAGUUUACACUUACUAAGUCCAGGUUUAGUCACUCAUUGCUGCGAAUUGACUAGAUUGGACUAGCUGCUCCACAGUACUGUGUUGGGAGGGAAAGCAGCUGAUGUGACUACUAACACAGAAUCCCUACAGCAUGGAAACAGGCCAUUUGGCCCAACAAGUCCACCCAGAUCCAUUCUGCUACCC